AUGCGUCACCGUAGUUUUGAACCCAUGGUGCCUACCAAGCUUGCUCAAAUAAAGAGGGCUCAGGAAGAGGAUGAAGUGUGCAGACAGAAAGAUCUUGAGCAGCUGAGAGAGGCUGUGGAGUCUCAUAAGCGCUCUGCACAGACAGCAGUGGAGGACAGUGAGAGGAUCUUUACUGAGCUCAUCCGCUCCAUUGAGAGAAGCCGCUCUGAGGUGACACAGCGGAUCAGAGAUCAGGAAAAGACUGCAGUGAGUCGAGCUGAAGGACAAAUGGAGCGACUGGAGCAGGAGAUUGAAGAUCUGAAGAAGAGAAACUCUGAGCUGGAGCAGCUUUCACACACAGACGAUCACAUACAUUUCCUGCAGAGUCUUCAGUCUCUCUCAGCUCCUCCUGAAUCUACAGAAAACAUCUCUGUCAGUUUCCUCUUUUCUUUUGAUGGUGUGAGAGAAUCUGUCUGUCAGCUGAGACACAAACUGGAGGAUUUCUGCAAAGAGGAGAUGAAAAAGAUAUCUGUCACUCACAGUAACAUUGUUCCCAGGACCAGAGAGGACUUCCUACAAUAUUCCCAUCAGUUCACUCUGGAUCCAAACACUGCACAUGAACGUCUCCGUCUGUCUGAAGGGAACAGAGCGGUGACUUACACUGACGCACCUCAGCCAUAUCCUGAUCAUCCAGACAGAUUAGCAGGAAGAGAUCUGGUUAUGAGCGUCUCUCCUGGAGAAUAG